CGACGUUUGCGGGUCACUACUUUCUCUCGUCAUCAUUCUGCGACAUCUCUACUAGCGCUAUUAAAAACCACAACAUAAACUCCCAAACAAAUUAAACGUUGCUGAUUGUAUGUGGAUCGUAAAAAAUCGAUGUUGACACGUAGCCAUACCAGGCCACACUGCAUAGUGCUGUUCUUUGAGCGCGGUUGGGAUGGGCCAGCAGAUCUCAGGCCAGGCGGUGAUGACCCGUCUACCUGAGAAGCUGGUGAAGCAUGCUGGGCUGGUACGCGACAGCGGCUAUCUCAACUACGAGGAGUUCCUGGCCAGGGUGGCAGAGCUCAAUGACGUGACGGCUAAGCUAGCAGCUGGACAGCAAAAACACCUGAUCUUUGAAGUUCAGACUGGCUCGGACACCUCUGCUCUGUGGAAAGUGGCUGUGAGGAUAGUUUGUACCAAGAUCAACAAAGAGAAUGGGAUGGUGGAGGCGUCUCGCAUCAUGAACCUGUAUCAGUUCAUCCAGCUGUACCAUGACAUCACCAGUCAGGCAGUGGAGGUGCUGUCAGCAGAGGGCGCCAGCCUCCCGUCAGGGGACUCCUGCCAGGCCAGCAUGUGGAUGGGCAGGGUGAAGCAGUUAACUGAUGAGGAGGAGUGCUGCAUCUGCAUGGAUGGUAAAUCUGACCUCAUUCUGCCCUGUGCUCACAGCUUCUGUCAAAAGUGCAUUGACAAGUGGAGUGGGCAGAGCAGGAAUUGUCCGAUAUGCCGCUUGCAAGUGACCGCUGCCAAUGAGUCGUGGGUGAUGCCUGAUGCCCCUACAGAGGACGACGUAGCUGGCUAUAUCCUCAACCUGGCUGACGAGGCAGGCCAUCCGCACAUACCUUAAGCUACUCAACACUAAGACACUUUGAUUAACCACUGACAACCAAACUGACAUCAAGAAUAGUUCUGGGAAGGGUUUGGAGUUUUCCGCCAGGUUUUGGGGGUAUGUAGAGAAGAUGGGUUGCUUUAUAGGAAUUUGCCGGUUGUGAUUAUUUCUUUUUGCUCUUUUCCAUAUUUCAAGAUUACUUUUACAUGAUUGCUCUUAAACAUGUGUGUGUGUGUGUGUGUGUGUGUGUGUGUGUGUGUGUGUGUGUGUGUGUGUGUGUGUGUGUGUGUGUGUGUGUGUGUGUGUGUGUGUGUGUGUGUGUGUGUGUGUGUGUGUGUGUGUG